AGCCUAAACGUUGCAUCAAUCGCUGGUGGAGGUCUGUCCAAACCCUCCCACUCCCUAACGGAAAACACUUUCUCAUCCUCUCUCUCUCUCUCUCUCUCUCUCUCCUCCAUAUAUUUUCAUUCGGUUGGGCUUCUUUUUCCUCUCCUUUGUCUUUGAUAAAUUACACAUCCUUCUACUAUUCAAGUACCUCUCCACAAACAAGUACGAUACAUACAUAUAACCAGCUUCUAUCUAUGUUCUAACUACUAACCUUCUAUAUCAUCACCAUCUCUAGAUCGAUCUGUACGUCUCAGCCUGUUCCAAUUCACCAAUUUUUUUCGGGCCAUCGAUCAAAAGGGUUGUACGUCGAAAGAGGAAAUUAAACCCCAGCUUGUGAUUAGAAAGAGAGAGAAAUUUAUAGGGUUAAUAUAUAUUAAUUAUAGGUUUGUUAUUGCCGCCAAGAUCCCACGAGAUAAUAAAUUAAAGAUCAGAUGUGCAGCAGGGGUCAUUGGAGGCCUGCUGAAGAUGAAAAGCUUCGGGAAUUGGUUGAACGCUACGGACCUCAUAACUGGAACGCAAUUGCUGAUAAACUACAAGGAAGAUCAGGUAAGAGCUGUAGGUUGAGAUGGUUCAAUCAGUUGGAUCCACGAAUCAAUCGAAACCCGUUCACCGAAGAGGAAGAAGAAAGGCUACUUGCUUCUCACAGAGUCCAUGGGAACCGAUGGGCUAUCAUAGCUAGGCUUUUCCCUGGCCGAACUGACAAUGCGGUGAAGAACCACUGGCAUGUGAUCAUGGCCAGGAGAUGCAGAGAAAGGUCAAGGAACAUGCAUGCAAAAAGAUCAUCUGCUGCUGCUGCCGGUAACCUCGAAACCACACUUAUAAACCAUGGCCAUGAUGAUCAUGCUCGAAAGAGGACCAGAUCCUGUGGUGAUAAUCUGAAACAGCAAGAUCAUCAUGAUGAUCAUCUCGUAAUGCAGACCGACUACUAUUUUGACAUGAACAAGAUGAACAACUUCGCUAAUUACUAUUCCUUUGCUGAUCAUCAUCAUCAUCAUCAUCACCAGUAUAAGUAUUGUUCUGGAUUAACUACAACUACUUUUGACCAUCAUCAUCAAUACCCUUUUUUAGCACAAGUUCAGGAACAUUCUCCCAGUGUCAAAUCCCUCUAUUCAUGUGGUGAUCAUCAACGGAUUAAUCCAGCUCGGACCAAGAUGCACGAGGAUGGUAACAACGAUAGGAAAAGUAUUGAUGAUCAGCGUGGAUUGGAGUUUUAUGAUUUUUUCCAAGUAAAUACUGAAUACUCCUCGAAUAGAUCAAGUGAAGUAGUGACAUCAGAGAAUCAAGUGAGAAGAGAUCAUACUGACGAGGAGGUGGAUCAAGAAUCAACCAAGCCACAUGGCAAAGAAGCUGGUGGUGGCCCAUUAUUCAUAGAUUUCUUGUCCGUUGGAUCAUGCGGCUCAUCUUGAUCAUGAAAUCGAUGGUCUUGAUGAUCAACAUAUAUAUAUUGUACUCCGCCAUUCAAUACGAGCUUAACCAUUAAUCAUGCCCAACUUUGCAAUACUAGCUUUGGUACUGCAAGAUCAAUAUCCAAGACCCUAGUAUAUAUAUAUAUAUAUAUAUAUAUAUAUAUAUAUAUAUAUAUAUAUAUCACUAGAAUGCUGCAAUGUUGUAAUUAAUACUGCAUUCACGAAGAUCAAGAGAGAAUUUUAUGUAGGUGUAUAUAUAUAUAUAUAUAUAUGUAUACAGAUACUUCUGUUAGAAAUUGUGAAAGCUUAAUGUUUCACCAACAAAUUUAAGUAGCUUCUAUUAUAGUAAAAUUGGGAAAGCUUAAUGCUUUUCUUGGUUAAGCUGCUUAA